CCAAGUGCCGGACUGGACCCCUUGGCAGGCCGGAUUUGGCCCCCGGGCCGCAUGUUUGACACCUGUGCCCUACUGUUUGGUCAAAAUUUGUUGCACAUUUCUCAGGGUUUUAUUGUUACUGAGGACGAGCAGGCGACCUUCUUUAACAUCAGGGUCAAGAUGUUUGUUCUCAUCUGGUCGAUUCUGCUCUGCUUGGUGACAGCCAGCAGUGCUGACCCAGGUGCAUCUGCAAUGACAGAACUGCAGUGUUUCUUUGGAUUCUGUAUUUCACUCAGUGAAGGAGAAAUAACAGCAGAUGCUGGACUCUGUGCUGUCAUUCACUGCUCUUUCACCUUUGCCCCUGAUUUCGAGGUCUCAAGUGCAGCAUGGUACAAAUGUAAUCAGUCUGAAAUUGCGUGUCGUGAAAUAUUUCACUCUAAGAAAAACAAAGUUCAACUCCACUUCAGAGGUCGAGUAUCACUGUUGGAGCCUGAUCUCAAUCAAAGAAACUGCAGCAUCAUCAUCAAUGACCUGGACCAGUCUGAUUCUGGAACAUAUCAGUUAAGAGUUAAUGGUUCGAGGAACAAGGGGCCUUAUGAGUUCACAUUUAAACCCAAAGCGUCUGUCUCUGUUAAAGCCCUGACCCAGAAGCCCACAGUGGAGGUUCCUGCUCUGACUGAGGGACAACAGACCACACUGACCUGCACCGCUCCUGGUCUCUGCUCUGAAUCUGAUCCAAACAUCACCUGGACAUGGAGACGAUCUGCAGAGGAUGACUCUUACAUCACAGGAAACAUCACCACCACUCAUGGACACAACUCCUCUUUGACCUUUACCCCUUCAGCCAAAUACCACAGCACUGAGGUCACCUGUAAGGUCAACUUCAGAGGCAACAAGAGCACACAGGAGACGGUGACGCUGAAUGUGACCUGGCCCCCAGUGAUCCUAAACAGCUCUGGUUGUAUAAAUCAGUCAGAGGUCCUGACCUGUGUGUGCAUCAGUCAGAGCAUUCCUUUACCCACCAUCAGAUGGCCGUUAUUGGACAAACACAGUAACUACUCGCUGGCGUACACUGUGUCAAAGUACACCACCAACAGCACCGUCAUCCUACCUGUAAAAGAGCUCAGCAGCACAGAUGUCCAGUGUGUCAGCACCAACGACCUUGGGAAAGUAAAGAAGAACCUCAUCAUCAGAACAUCAGAGAAAAGUUUUGCGCAGGAGAAUGGAGGCUUUUCAGCGAUUCCUUUGACCGUCACUGUUGUUUCUCUAAUUGUGAACAUCCUUCUCAUCGUCUGCCUCAUAUUCCUUUGGAACUCAAGAAAAAAGAUGAAGCAAAAUCAAGAAGACCAAACUUAUUUGACUGUAAAUAUAAGAGACAUUUCUUCUGAUUAUGAAGUUAUCACCCGGCGAGUGUCAGCUUCUGUGGACUGAAGAGGUUUGACUCUGUCCUGACUCCGGCCCCCACCCUCUCAUGUCCCUCCUCUCACCCCUCCACACUGUAAAAAUGAUAACUAAUAAUUGUUGAUUUCAUUAAUGUUUUCAAAUUGAACUGAC